GAAAGAUGGUAAACAAGUUUAUCAUUAGAGCCUUUUUAACCUUCUUCAUCUUGUUGCUGUGUAAUUUGUACAGGGCACAAGAACACGGCAGUAGCAGAGCUACCAGUGCCAAGGAAGCGUCUGAGACUGACAUGUCCAAAUCAGAGGAAAAUAAAAAAAAGCUGGAGCCUCAGCUUGACAUCUGGGAGGAGCUGAGAAACCUGCGAGAUUUGGUAUUGGAACAAGCAGUAGAUUUAAGGCUUCUGUCAGCAAAACUGGCAGAAAGUGACAGUCUAGUUCAGGUCCUGCAGGAGGAGAUUAGAGUAAUGAAGGACAGACUGACUGCAGCAAAGACUCUGGUUGAAGAAAUGCAGAUGGAAGGAGAAGCUCAAUCUGCAGAACUUACAAUGACGCAGCAAAAACUCGACAUCGUACAGGAAAGGCUAUUGGUGAACGUAGCUCAUGUGGAAGAGUUGCAGGAGAAACAGGAAGUGAGCAAAGUGGCUUUUUCUACUUCUCUGCUGUUAACCAGUGAAGGUUUCACAUACUAUCCAGAGUUUACCACUCUUGUCUACAAAAAUGUUUUUACCAACAUUGGAAACCACUACAGCCCAGUCACAGGUUACUUCACUGCCCCAGUAAGAGGAGUAUAUUACUUCAGAUUCACCGGCCAACUUGCGUUUAAUGAUGAUACUAUAAGGUUGAGACUUGUCAAGAAUGAAGAUCCCAUAGUGCUUUCAGGGGAUCGUGUUUCUGAGUUUGAUCGUGAGGACAAUGUGUCCAAUGGAGCUGUGUUGCAUUUAGAGAUCAAUGAUGUUGUUGCUAUUCAGUUAGGUGGCUAUGUGUGGGAUGACAAUUAUCAUAGAACCACCUUUAGUGGAUUUCUCCUCUUUGCCUUGUAGAUAUUAAUCUUUAUGAGACAUCACAAACAUACUUAUUGAUCUACUCAUUUAUCAUGAACAGACUUUCUCCUUUUCUUGACACGACUUUCCAAAGGUUUUAGGCCUUUACAUUUAUUUUAAAAUCUAAAGUACAAAAGCUGACUAUAAAUUUAUAGCUGAUAUUUUUACAGCAUUUUUAAAUGCAUUUAUUAAAAAGUAAUUACUUUUUGCUCCAAUUUAACUGGAUGUAAAUUAAACCCGUUUGAAUUUCAAGGAUUCCUAGUGACUACAUUUGUUGUAAU